AAAAAAAAAAAAAAAGGCAAAACAACAAAAGAGAGAGAGGGAAACAGAGAGAGAGAGAGGGGAGGACAAAAAAAUAAAAAGACUGCUGCAAAGCUGAUCUGAAAAGCAAAGCAAACAAACUUUGAAAAUAAAGGGGGAACAGGAAGUUUGGCAACGGUGUCCAAUAGAUAUGGCAAUGGUAGUCGGUGCGUGGCGAGACCCCCAGGACGAUGUGCCCGGAGCUCAGGGAACGCAGCCUUCGCAAGCCCCGCCGGUGCAGGGACCCCCGGCCGGGGCCCCGCACACCCCACAGACCCCGGGGCCCGGGGGCCCUCCCAGUACGCCAGCCCAGACCAACCCGCCGAGCCAGCAGAACCAAGGAGACAAACAGCAGCAGCAGCAGCACAUUGAAUGUGUGGUUUGUGGGGACAAGUCUAGUGGCAAACAUUAUGGCCAGUUUACCUGCGAGGGUUGCAAGAGUUUCUUCAAGCGGAGUGUAAGGAGGAAUCUCAGCUACACUUGUCGUGCCAACAGGAACUGUCCCAUUGACCAGCACCACCGCAAUCAGUGUCAGUACUGCCGCCUCAAAAAAUGCCUCAAAGUUGGCAUGAGACGGGAAGCGGUCCAGAGGGGCAGAAUGCCACCCACACAGCCAACUCAUGGUCAGUUCGCCUUGACAAAUGGGGACCCUCUCAACUGCCAUUCCUACCUAUCCGGAUAUAUCUCCCUUCUUCUGAGAGCAGAGCCCUACCCCACCUCUCGCUUUGGCAGUCAGUGCAUGCAACCCAACAACAUCAUGGGCAUCGAGAACAUUUGUGAACUGGCAGCUAGGAUGCUCUUCAGCGCGGUGGAGUGGGCCAGGAAUAUCCCCUUCUUCCCAGACCUCCAGAUCACAGACCAGGUGGCCCUCCUGAGGCUGACCUGGAGCGAGUUAUUUGUCCUCAACGCUGCCCAGUGCUCCAUGCCCCUCCACGUAGCUCCGCUCCUGGCAGCUGCUGGCCUCCACGCUUCGCCAAUGUCUGCUGACCGAGUGGUCGCCUUUAUGGACCACAUACGAAUCUUCCAAGAGCAAGUAGAAAAACUGAAAGCAUUGCAUGUCGACUCUGCAGAAUAUAGCUGUUUAAAGGCCAUAGUCCUCUUCACCUCAGAUGCCUGUGGUCUCUCUGAUGUAGCCCAUGUUGAAAGUUUACAGGAGAAGUCACAGUGUGCUUUGGAAGAGUAUGUUAGGAGCCAGUAUCCCAACCAGCCAACACGAUUCGGGAAGCUAUUACUACGUCUCCCCUCCCUUCGCACUGUCUCCUCUUCUGUCAUAGAGCAAUUGUUUUUCGUCCGUUUGGUAGGUAAAACCCCCAUAGAAACCCUAAUCAGGGAUAUGUUACUGUCUGGCAGCAGUUUUAACUGGCCUUACAUGUCCAUUCAAUAAAACAUGAGAGAGAGAGAGAGAAAAAAAAAAUCAAGACAAAAAUUAAAAAAAAAAAAAAAAAAUUCAAAAAUUGAGAAGGGAGAUGAGAGUGAAAGGAAAGCAAAUGACAUUUGGGUUCUGGUUGUUUCUUAAAUUUCCUUCUGCUAAGAAAGGAUGUAAAAGGAUGUUACAAGUUUGCUAAGAGAAGAGAGGAAAAAAAUUAAUGGACUGUGAAUUAAAAAAAGAGACUGUCAAAUGAACUUUUACAGAAUGCAUUAAAAACUCCCGUGUUGUUCAGAAAAAAAAACUUGCUACUUAUCUUUUUUUUUUUUUUUUUUUUUUUUUUUUGUAAAAACUAAAAAAAGAGGGAAAGAAAAAAAGAAAGAAGAAGAAAAGAAACGAUGGUGGGCUUUUUCUUUUUUUCUUUUUUCUUCUAUUUUUUUUCUUCUUUUUGGGGUAAACUUUUUUUAAAAUCUCGCUUAAAGUGCAUUUAAAGGAAAUUUGGAGAAAAUUAGCAGAACGGAAGAAAGUAAGUCUUUUUUUUCCAAAUUAUUAAUUGUCCUAUGUGUCUAUGUACCUAUAGCUGUUCUUUUUUGUAUUUUUCUGGUUUCAAACCAGUUUAUUCUGUGGUUCUAUAAUAAUUUUUGAUAUAACCUUGGCUUCUUUAAAAAAAAAAAAAAUAAACUGUGUAUCCUUAAAAUAUAUGUUCUGAAAGAAUUAAAACUGAGUCCACGAAAGUAUCAUAGGAAGAAAGGAAAAGAGGAAAAAAAAAACAAAAACAAAAAACCCUCAACAACACAAUGAUGGAAGCGCACUUAAGGUGGUGACCCAAAAUCUAGCUUGAAGCUGAGAGAGCUAUAAUUAUAUAGACCCGAAUGAACCACACGUGUCAUACAACUCCCCCCAAAUCUAGGUUUUUUUGAUAUUUCGGACAGAAAAAAUGAACUGUGGGGAUUUAUUAUAGGUAGAAGGAUUUUGUGUCCAAGACACACUGCGGUUUUGAUUUAAAAAAAAAAAAAAAAAAAAGAAAAAAAAAACACAAAAAAACCAAGCAAACGAGCAAAGUGAACUUUUGUAAUUUGAAUUGGGUUCCACAUAGUUCAUCAUGAAUUGUUAUUAAACUCCUCUAUCUGUUUGUAUAUUUGCAAGCCCUUUGUAUUAUAAUAAUUGUUGAUAUUUUCCCUUUUUAAAAAAUACCAUUGAAAUCAGCAUGACAAAAUAACACUGUUGGCACUUAUAGAUAACGUGAUUGAUUCAGUAUCUUAGAGUUUACAGUUUUGUGUUUAAAAAAACUGAAGGUUUUUUUUUUUUUUUUAAGUGCAACAUUUCUGUAUACUGUAAAAGUUAUAAUAACUGAACUGUUUGGUCGAGUCUUUGUGUGUUAUAUUCCAAGGAAAAUUGAAAGUAUUCAGAAAUUAAAAUAUUAUUUGAUAUCUGAAACUUGUUUGGCUGUCAUAAAUGUCUUUCAGAAACCACAUUACUUCUCUAUAGUUUGCAGUCAUUUAAGUCCAUAGGCGAUUGAUUUGUUUACUUGUCACAGUAAGUUUGUAGCAGAUGUAUUGUAGCGUAUUUACCUGUUUAAUUCCGGGAUGGGGGUGGAGGACUUAAGUUCGUGGUUUAUCUCUGGUUUUAGGAAGUACUAUGCUGAAAUGGUAAACCAUCAACCCCCAUUCAUCUAAUCCUCCUGUUAAUUAAAAAUGGAUUUUCUGGGGGGAAAAAAAAAAAAAAAAAAAAAAAAAAAAAAGGCCCUUAUUUUUGUCACACUUAAGUGCCUGCGUAGGAAAGGUAUUGUUGUGAAAAAGUAUUAGAAAUCUGGAGAUCAGUAUCUAUUUUAUGAUCAGAAUGGGGCGAAAAACCUUUUGUAAAUGUCUGACAUACGCGCACAAGAUCAUUCAAGCAAGGUAAUAGCAGUAUUGUAAAUAUAGGUCAGUUGUUUGCAAUGAGUUUUCUUUAAGUAUGUGUGAUUUUUUAUAAUACUCCGUAGUUGCCAUCUAUCGUUGUCAUUGAGAGGUCUUCAAAUGGAGUGGCUUUAGCUUCUAGCACUGAGGAGUCGGUUUUUAAUGUAUAUAUACUCUCAAGUGGAUCUCUUUUCUUCUUUUUUUUCCUUUUUUUUUUUUUUUUUCUUUUUUCUUUUUUCUUUACCUUAGACUGUGAAAGCAUGACCACAGGUCAUCUCUCUCUUUUACAUAUGGGCUAUAUGUCUGUGUGUAUGCUGGCACACAGACACGCGUGGGCGUCCAUGGAUGUCCCCUGUGGAGGCACAGGGCCCUCUCCUGCAGCCCCGGCACGGGCACAGCUCCCACCGGGAGUGGGACCUGCCUGGGCGGGUGGCACAGGACUGGACACACCACUGGGGAAUUGAGUGAUAUCCCAAGCAGGCAAAAAAAAAAAAAAAAAAAACACCCAAAAAAUAACCCAACCCAAACCUCAAGGAAGGCAAGAUGAUGUGGUUUUUGCAAGGGGUUGAUAUUUGAUUUCGUGUGUGUGCGUGUCAUUUAUAUAUAUAUUUUUUUUCUUUUCUUUUCUUUCUCUCUCCCCCCGCCCGCCCUCCCCUUGGUCUAUAGCAGAUGCUUUGUAUGUGAAAGCUUGCAAUUUUGUUCUUGUCUGAGGCUUCCCCCUCUCCCUUUUUACCACACGUAACUACACCAUGUUGUGGUUUCACAAAAAGAGAGAGAGGGAGGGAGAGAGAUCAUUCUGUAAAGUCGAUUAAACCCUGAUCUUUAGUGUGUUCCAGUUAGAUACAUCUGUACUGGGGGCUGAGGGGCGUAUGACUGUGAAUUUGAGCAGAGUUUUACAUCUGAAUCAUGGCUCCUUUUCUAUAAAUAUAUAAAUAUAUAUAAAUAUAUAAAUAUACUAUUAUUGCAGGGGAAUUGCUGACCUCUAGAUUUAGCUUUUUCUAUUGCAAGUGCUAUCCAUGUGAGUGUGUGUGUGUGAAGUUUUUAUGCUUACUAAGAACACAGGAUCUUGACUUGUUUGUUUUGUGUUAGUUUAUUGUAAACAACCAUUUGUUGUAAAUUGUUAUUGGCAUUAAAUUAUAAUUUAUGAUUUUCAAAUCCAAAA